CCACCGAAUUGCCCCAACCAUAGCCUUCACUCUUUGACAACACCAAUCAUUUCUGUUAGUUUUGAAUUUGGCAGUUUUACAGUAUUUAUAUUAACUCUACCCCUGUUCUGUUACAUGUUUCUCAAAAGAUAUUGAGCAUUAUAAGUGCCUGUAGGGGGCAUCUGGGUUCAAAUCCUAUCCUGAAGAUUUGUUUUUUGAGGUAAGUACAGUUGGGGAGGCCCCUACUGUGGUAAAUAUAUUAAAAUAGGGAAAAACUGUACAAACUAAGUUACGGACAAGAUCAGAGAAGAUCUACAAGAUGGGUGAAAAAGAAAGCUGAGGAAGAGAGUGAGCGUGUGUAUGUGCGUGUGAGUUAGUGUAAGGAGUCUGUCCAAGCUAGGAAAAGGGCUCUUUUAUCAUUCUUCCAUCUGUGAUGGCAGCUCAAACAUGUGUGCUAAGAAGGUGCAAGGGUAGAGAGAAGGGGAGAGAGGUGCAAUACGUUGAACGAUAGGUGCUAGCUUAGCACUUCCUUGCACCUGUUGCUUGUUUUUGCACCCGUUGUAAACAAUAAACAAACAAUAUUCCUCUCCUCUCAUUCUCUCUCCAACUCUUCAACCACCACCAUGAUGCAUCUCCAUGGGAAAGUUAGAGAGGCUGGUUUUUUUAUUAAAUGUGGGGCACACCUUGAUAUGGACUAGCAAGUUUGUAUGUUGGAGCUUGUUUACCCAGCAGAGGGAGAAGUCUACAUAUGCCCCUAACCUAUUGCAACUAGACUACUUCAAUCCCCAAAGUAUAAAACCAGAUAUUUAUCCCCUCAACUUUGUAAAACCGUUUACUUAGCCCCCUCUCCUGGCUUUGCAUAGUUGUUUUAGCCACGUGGCAUGCUGAGGAUGCUGAGGUGGAUAGAGAUGCUAAGUUGGAUGGGCUGACAGGUGGGGCCUUUUAAGUAGGCAUGUUCGGAGGUAGCUACUCCUCCCUUCCCCAACACAGUCACGGACACCUGCCAAGCCAUCGCUGCCGAUCAUGGGUCAAGCCGCCAUGCCAACCCCACCACACUCCUUACACUCCCCAGCGACGAAAUGCCACUACCACCAUGUUGGACCACGACGUCCGGGCACUACACCACUGUGCUGCACAAUAGGCGCAUGUCGAGUAGGAAACGAGCGUGGCCCUUGCUCCGCACCUCUCCGCCAUAGACCUUCUCUGUGCCGCCCCAAAUCGAGCGUCCGCUGCUCGAUUCCAUCCGCCGCCCUUGCUCGAUCUGAACUCGCUCAUUGCCUCUCUAGAUCCGCCUACCUGCUCUGGAUCCACCUGCUGCCUCUCCGAAUUCGGUAGUGCUGCCCGCUCGCAUGAGAAGGUGAUGCGCUCCUGAGCUCGACGAACUCGAGUGAGCACUCGACACCAUGGCUGAAGAGAAGAACAGAGAGAAGAGAGAGAUGAUGCUAGUGGCGAUUUGGGCUCGAGCUCGCCACACCUAAGCCAGAGCCCGCUGCCAUGUCGAGCACCUCGGGCCUGAGCUCGCCCCAGCCUACCUCCCUACGCAAGAGCUCCAUGUGUCCGACAUCCACAAGCAGCACGGGUGGCCGGGUCCGAACUCCUCCGCUGAAUCGAGAGGGAGAGCUUGAGCACGGCCCUUGGGGCGGGGGAGAGCUCGAGCACGAGGGUCUCCCCGAUGUCGAUUUUGCCAACGAGCUUGUUCGGGGCAGGCGCAGGGAGAAACCGUGCGCGCGGUGGAGGAAGGAAUAGAAGUCGCGAAGAGGAGAUGCUUUUACAUGUGGACCCCAAGUAUCAACCUGUCCAUCUCAGCAUGCCACAUGGAUAAAACCACUAUGCUAAACCAUGAGAGGGGGUAAGUAAAUUGUUUUGCAAUAUUGAGGGGGUUAAAUAUCCGAUUUUAUAGUUUGGUAGCAUGGGGGAUGAAGUAGUCUAGUUGCAAUAAGUUGGGGGGGCGGGUGUCAUGUAGACUUCUUCCGCUAGUAGAGCACCUUGUGAUGUGUUUGGGCUUCCACAUUGCUAAAGAAAUGUACACUAGAGCUUCCCUGAGCCUGCAGAGCAGCAUCUUCUACAAACUGGUGCUUCCAUGAAGAGAGCCUUGUCUGCUUAUUUUCAAAUUUAAGGUUAUUUCUUUGUUUCCAGAUAUUCCAGGCAGCAAUGAUGGACACGUCCAUUUAAAGAAGCUGUUGAUUGUUUUGCUUUGUUUCUAUCAUCAUGCUGAAAAGAAUCCUGGAGAAAUUUCCCUCGGUCAAACAGGGAUGUUGGAAGCAAGAGACAAGCUUGACUCCUUCAUAGUCCAUGAGGUCUGCAGCUAGCUGGCCAAUUUGUUUAGAAUUGGACUAGAGUUGGUGGACAUUAUGAAAGCUCAAAUACUCUAUAAUGUCAUUUUCCAAUGCUCCAAAUCAUUUAGAGCUUCAGGGAAGCGGAUUUAACAAGGAACAACAGUUGUGUGCCAGGUAAUUGACAUCCCAGGAAGUCCAAGGUAUCGUACAAGCACUAGAAGACAAGUUUGUGCUACAAAUAAACAUCCUUUGUAACCAAAUUUCAUUUGCCUCUCCGCUUGCUCACCAUGGCCAAACUUGGUUCCCUGUUCUUCCUCACCUUGUUUCUGCAACACCACCAUACCAGCGCGUCUUUGAUUGAUAGGCAAAGAAGCAUAGCAUCAACUGCAGAAUGGCAACCCAUGCACUGCAAUGCUGUGCCCAUCAACCCCUCAUGCAACUCAUUCCUCUAUGUCACUCCUGAAGGGCGUAACUUGUCAGAGAUAGUCUCUGUCUUCAGUGGGAAUGCAUCUCUCAUCCAGCCUAUCAAGCGACUCUCUGGUUCAGAGGACCUGUUGGUGGGUGUGUCAUGCAUGUGUGAGGCUAUCAACGACACCCUGACUUCUUUCUUUCAUGACACUCAAUACAAAGUGGAGAAGGGUGAUACACCUGAUACUGUCAAGACCAAAAAAUUCAGUGGGCUUGCAAUGAAUAUUGGUGACGGCAAGGUACUGAUUGCAAAUGAGACUGAGACGAUUACGGUUCACCUUCCAUGUGGGUGUUCCCCAACAGCAUCAGAUGGAGUCUUGUCUUAUGCAGUGCAGGAGGAAGAUACCCUGAGCACUAUUUCAAGCUUGUUCAGAUCAAGUUCACAAGAUAUCUUAAACUUGAAUCCAAGUGUAACGAAUCCUGAUUUCAUCAAACCAGGGUGGAUCUUGUUUAUCCCGAUGGGAGUUACUGGAUCUUCUAAGAAAAAGAUUGGUAAUUUGUCAAUCAUCAUAGCAGCAUCCAUAUCAGCUGCAAUACUGCUCCUCUGUGUGUUCACUGUCAUCCUUCGCCUCAAAAGGAGGUCUUCUCAGCACAAUGUUGAAGCACCGGAGAUUAAAAUGGAGAGAGCUCCCAGCAACACAAGCAUUGCUGCUCUGGAGAGCCGUUUCUUUCCUUCCAUAAGAAUACCAGAUAUUGAUCCAUUCCAAACAGAGAGGCCUGUGAUUUUCAGCUUGAAAGUAGUUGGAGAUGCUACUGCAAAUUUCGAUGAGAAAAGAAAGAUUGGUGAGGGAGGAUAUGGGAGUGUUUACCUUGGUUUCAUAGGAGCACAUGAAAUUGCAGUUAAGAAGAUGAAAGCAAGCAAAUCAAAGGAGUUCUUUGCAGAGCUGAAAGUUCUGUGCAAAGUGCAUCAUAUAAACGUGGUUGAGUUGAUUGGUUAUGCUGCUGGGGAUGAUCACCUGUACCUUGUGUACGAAUAUGUCCAGAAUGGUUCACUUAAUGAUCAUCUACACGAUCCAUUGCUGAAAGGUCACCAGCCUCUUUCAUGGACUGCAAGAACACAGGUAGCAUUGGAUGCAGCACGUGGUAUUGAGUAUAUCCAUGACCAUACAAAGGCCUGCUACGUGCAUCGUGACAUCAAAACUAGCAAUAUUCUGCUUGAUAAUGGAUUAAGAGCUAAAGUUGCAGAUUUUGGGCUAGUGAAGCUCGUUCAGCGCAGCGAUGAAGAAGAAUGUGUGGCGACUCGUUUAGUUGGAACACCAGGCUACCUUCCGCCUGAAUCAGUUCUUGAACUUCACAUGACUACCAAGUCUGAUGUGUACGCAUUUGGAGUAGUUCUUGCAGAGCUCAUCACUGGACUCCGUGCCCUUAUGCGGGAUAAUAAAGAAGUCAAUAAGAUGAAGUCACUUAUCUCAAUUAUGAGGAAAGCCUUCAAAUCAGAAGAUCUAGAGAGCUCAAUGGAGACUAUUAUAGAUCCCAACUUGAAGGACAACUACCCAAUUGAAGAAGUUUGCAAGAUGGCAAACAUUUCGAUGUGGUGCCUAAGUGAGGAUCCAAUGAACCGGCCUGAAAUGAGGGACAUCAUGCCAACUCUUUCUCAAAUCCAUCUGACCUCAAUCGAGUGGGAAGCAUCACUUGGAGGUGAUGGUGAAGUAUUUAGUGGUGUUUCCAUCGGUAGAUGAUCAGACGCCAUGCUUUCACGUGGAGAAGAAGAAUGCACUCCUUAUAAUUUUAUUUGAUGGAGAAUGGUUCUUGCACUGCCGUGUGUGAAUUUAUUCCAUUCUUGUGAACUUUUUGAACUGUUCACUUUUCGUAUGAGGCUCUUCUUGCAAGCUUGUUCUCAAGGACAUUCUUAUCCAUAGUACUCGCGCAACUGUACGUGUAUACAUAUAUGUUAUUCUUUUGGGAUUUAGCUGUAACAAUCUCUCGGCAAGCUAAAAUCUAGAUUGGAAUCAUCAUAAUGAUGAGUUACUGUAAUGUGUAUGCUGUUGAAACAAAGACUACUAACUUGAGCUGUUUGUUAA